AUUUAGUGUAAUAAACAGAUAAACUGAUAAACUCAAUGACUUCCUGAAGGAGGAGGAGGUGGUCUUCGAAUUCGGCAAUGAAAGCUCCAAUUUUUCAGCAAUGGUGUUUUCUCCUGCUUUUAAUGGCGGAAUUCGCCAUCGGAAAGCUCUUCUUUGAGCCGUACAACGUGACAUAUGAUCAUCGAUCACUUAUCAUCGCCGGCCGCCGUCGUAUGAUCAUCUCUGCCGGCAUCCACUACCCUCGCGCCACUCCCCAGAUGUGGCCUGAUUUGAUUGCAAAGGCAAAAGAUGGAGGUGUAGAUGUGAUUGAAACAUACACAUUUUGGAAUGGACAUGAGCCUGUGAGAGGAGAGUAUAAUUUUGAAGGGAGAUAUGACCUUGUUAAGUUCGCGAAGCUAGUUGGAUCAAGUGGACUCUAUUUCUUCCUUAGGAUAGGACCCUAUGUGUGUGCAGAGUGGAACUUUGGUGGAUUUCCUGUGUGGUUGCGAGAUAUUCCUGGCAUUGAGUUUCGAACCGAUAAUGCACCUUUCAAGGAGGAGAUGCAACGGUUUAUGACAAAGAUUGUAAACUUAAUGCUGGAGGAGAAGCUGUUUUCUUGGCAAGGAGGGCCAAUAAUACUGUUGCAGAUUGAGAAUGAAUAUGGAGAUGUUGAAAACUCAUAUGGUAAAAAAGGACGGGACUAUAUUAACUGGGCUGCUAACAUGGCUGUUGGUCUUGGUGCUGGUGUCCCAUGGGUAAUGUGCAAACAAACUGAUGCACCUGAAUUCAUUAUUGAUACUUGCAAUGGCUACUAUUGUGAUGGCUUUAAGCCAAAUUCUGACAAGAAGCCUGCUUUUUGGACUGAGAACUGGGAUGGAUGGUACACUACUUGGGGUGGAAGUUUACCUCAUAGGCCUGUUGAAGACCUGGCAUUUGCAGUUGCUCGCUUUUUCCAACGAGGCGGUAGCUUACAAAAUUAUUACAUGUAUUUUGGGGGAACAAAUUUUGGGAGGUCAGCUGGGGGUCCAUUUUAUAUCACAAGUUAUGAUUAUGAUGCUCCCAUAGAUGAAUAUGGUCUAUUAAGCCAGCCAAAAUGGGGUCAUUUGAAGGAUCUGCAUGCUGCAAUCAGACUUUGUGAACCUGCUCUAGUUGCAGUUGAUUCUCCUCGUUAUGUCAAGCUGGGGCCUAUGCAGGAGGCUCAUGUUUAUCACAAAGGAGGAAAUGGAAGAAGGCCGAUAAGUGACUCUGGAGAUGAAAGUAGAUGCUCAGCAUUUCUGGCUAAUAUUGAUCAACAUAAUGUGGCUUCGGUGCAUUUUCAGGGUCACAUUUACACGCUUCCUCCUUGGUCUGUCAGUAUAUUACCAGACUGUAGGAAUGUGGCUUACAACACUGCCAAGGUCGGGGCUCAGACAUCAGUCAAAGAGCUAGAGCCUCAAGCACCUCAUCUUUCAAACACACCAGUAGUACAAAAUUUACUGCAUCAGGAUGCAGCAUCCUUUAUCUCAGAAAAAUGGGAGACAGUAAAUGAGCCUGUUGGAGUAUGGAGUGAUUAUAAUUUCACUGCACAAGGCAUCUUGGAUCACUUAAAUGUGACCAAGGACUCCUCUGAUUAUCUAUGGUACUUUACCAGAAUAUAUAUUUCGGGUGAAGACGUAUCAUUUUGGAAGAAAAAUGGAGUUCAUCCGAAUCUUACAAUUGAUAGCAUGCGCGAUGUAGUGCACAUAUAUGUAAAUGGCGAACUUGCUGGUAGUGGAGUUGGACGUUGGGUACAGGUCAUACAGCCUGUCGAAUUGCUGGAAGGAUAUAAUGAGGUGGCAUUGUUGUCUCUGACCGUGGGUCUGCAGAACUAUGGUCCCUUCUUAGAGAAAGAUGGAGGUGGUUUUAGAGGUCAAAUUAAGCUUACAGGACUGGAAGAGGGGGACAUGGAUCUAACCAACUCGUCCUGGAUCUACCAGGUUGGGCUAAAAGGCGAAAUGCAGGAAAUAUACACAAUAAAUGGAAAUGAGAAGGCGGCUUGGGUUGAUUUGACAACCAACAAAGUCAGAUACCCCUUGCGAUGGUACAAGACCUAUUUUGACGUUUUUGAUGGGCUGGACCCAGUUGCUCUUGAUUUCUCAAGUAUGGGUAAAGGUCAGGCUUGGGUUAAUGGCCAUCACAUAGGAAGAUUUUGGACUUUGCCCUCCUCACAAGAUGGAUGUGAAAGAUCUUGCGAUUAUCGUGGAAAGUAUGACUCAAGCAAGUGCACAACCAACUGUGGGAAGCCUACUCAAGUGAGAUAUCAUGUACCACGUUCAUGGCUGCAGGAAUCAGACAACUUAUUAGUUGUGUUUGAAGAGACAGGAGGAAACCCAUUUGAGAUCUCGUUAACAUCACAUUAUACACAAAUCAUAUGUGCUAGUAUAUCAGAAUCCCACUACCCACCACUUUCGAGAUGGUUGAAUCAUGGUUCUGUAGACGGACAGAUCUUGAUCAAUGACACAACACCUGAAAUGCAUCUGCAUUGUGAGGACGAACAUGUAAUCUCUAUAGUGUUUGCUAGCUAUGGAACCCCAGAAGGUAGCUGUCCAAAGUUUUCAAGAGGCAGUUGCCAUGCACCAAGAUCUUUCGACGUGGUCUCUGGGUUUUGCCAAGGAAGACAGACUUGCUCCAUAAGAGUUUCAAAUUCCGAAUUCAAUGAUCCAUGCAGAAGAGUAUCCAAAACCCUGGCUGUUGAGGCUAAAUGUAUACCAUCACGAGUUACCGGGUCCUCGUCCAUCUAGGCGCGAUUCAAUAGUAUGGUACGUGUAGAUUUUGCUCUAUAUCUGCUCAUAAAGUUCCAGUUGGUGAUCACAUAUGCCCGUUUAAAUUGGUUGUUUUUAUCCUUAGAGUAAGUGCUCUUAUAGUUGUAUGGGUCCUGUAAAUGAAAAGAUUGGAAACUUGCAAUUGCGUGAGACAUCAUGUACAUAUUGUACAAGUGUAUGUAUGUUUUCCAGAUACUUCUAUUAUUAUGUAACUUCUUUUUUUUGGUAAGGUAAGAAAAAUAAACAUAGAAGACCCUCCACACGAAGGAAACUCCUACGUAAUUUGUACAAUCAAAGAUAAAUCUGGGCUAUUAUAAGGAUCCGUACAUAUAUUAUUACA